AUUUUCCACAUCACAGCUGGUCAUUAUCCAUCAAAUCUAGGCAGACCAAAACAAAGAAAAGUUCGUCGCAGUAAUCUUCCGAGUGAAAUAAUUCGAAAUUUGGCUAUUUUUCUCAUCCGAAUCGUACGCAAAAUUACCCCGAACAAUGGGUAAAAUAUUCCUCGACCAUAUCGGCGGUCCAAAGUUGUUUUCGUGCGCCGCCUGCGAAACCAAUCUGACCAACAAACGGGAGCUCAUCAGCACCCGCUUCACGGGAGCCACUGGGAGGGCGUAUCUGUUCAAACGUGUCGUCAACCUGACCUUCUCGCAGGUGCAGGAUCGGGUAAUGCUGACCGGACGGCACAUGGUGCGGGAUGUGAUGUGCAAGAACUGCAAGGCAAAGCUCGGAUGGAUGUACGAGUUCGCUACGGAGGAGUCUCAGAAGUACAAGGAAGGUCGCGUGAUUCUGGAACACGCUCUAAUUACGGAGUCGGAUGGUUUCGCGGAGGCAUGACCCUUCCUGUUCGAUCCGAUUGAAUUCUAGACAGUGGAAUGAAAAUCGGACAACACAAUAAUCACUUUGAUCUUCAACAAAAUCAUUUAAUAAUAUUGAUAAUAAUUAUAACAUCCGGUAUAAGGAAUAUAUUUCAUCGUGAAAUGAUAAAUAAUUAAGUGUUAGAAUAAGCGAUCCCACGGUAAUAUUUCGGCUAUCAAUGCGCUGUAUCUUAUUCAUAGUAUAAGGAAUUCAAUUUUAUUGCGAAAAUAAGAAUAGAUUUAACAUUAAACGAAA